UGCUCUAUAGCUGGCGAUCAGAUUGUUUGAACAUAAUUCACGAUGAUGCCGGACGAGGAAGAGCGAGAGAAAUUAGCAGAAGUCAUUAGACAGUGGAACAACAACAGACUGGACCUGUUUGAAAUAAGUGAGCCUGAUGAGAACCUGGAGUUCCACGGUGUGAUGCGCUUCUACUUUGAGGACGACGUUGACGGAAACGUGGCCACAAAGUGCCUGCGCGUUUGCAGUACCUCCUCGACCUGCGAGGUCGUCGGGACGCUUGCAGAGAAGUUCAGGCCCGAUAUGAAAAUGCUGUCUACUAGCUAUGCUCUGUAUGAGGUCCAGGCCAGAAAGGAGCGUAAACUAGAGAAGGAUGAGAGGCCUUUGACCGUGCAACUGAACUGGAAGUCCAACAACAGAGAAGGACGCUUUGUGCUCAGAAAAGACAACCAAGGUUUACAGGAAAACCAAGAGAAGGAGAAAGGAGGCAUGAUUCAAAACUUCAGAAGGACACUGUCACGAAAGGAUAAGAAGACAGAGAAAAACAAGACUAAAUCUACAGACAAGGCUGCAGGAGAUGAAAAGCAGUCAAGCGGAAAACCCCCAAACAACACCAGCGAGACAAAACAGCGCUGCACAGAAAACAAAAUGCAAAAGAGGCAGACGUCCCCCGAUCCACUGGGUUUACCGGCAGCCAUUCGAUUCUGUGACAGCGCAGAGGACGCCGUCCUGUCCGCCGUCAUGAGCUACACCAACAGCUCCACGGUGCACUUCAAGCUGUCGCCCGCGUACGCCCUCUACGCCGUCGCACGCUUCGCCCUGCAGCGACGCGGCCGCGGCCCUCAGCCGCCGGCGCACGCCUCAGUGGCCUCGGUCACACACAAAAUGGUGGACAUGGCGAGGAACGUCAUCCAGAAGCAGCGCACCAUCGCCGGGGCUCUCGCCUUCUGGAUGGCCAACGCCUCGGAGCUGCUCAACUUCCUCAAGAACGACAAAGACCUGGGUCCGCUCACGCAGCCGAGCCAGCUGGAGCUGUCCCACCUGGUGCACCAAGCCUACAGUUAUCUGCAACAGUGUCUACAGGGCGAGUUAAUGAAGCACCUGCCAACUUUUCUGAGUGAUCCUGAGCAGCAUGGUGCUCUGCCGGCUGGUUUUGAGCUGGUGCUGAACACCCUGAUGAACUCCAUGGCUCUGCUGCGCCGCUGCCGGGUCAACCCGGCCCUCACCAUCCAGCUCUUCUCCCAGCUCUUCCACUUCAUCAGCGCCUGGCUCUUCAACCAGCUGAUGAGCCCCGAGGCCGGCGCCCCGGGCCUGCGCUCCCACUACUGGGGAGCUGCUCUCCGCCAGAGGCUCGCUGCCAUCGAAGCCUGGGCAGAGAGGCAAGGCCUGGAGCUGGCUGCCGACUGCCACCUGGGACACGUCACGCAGGCAACCACGAUCCUGACCAUGAAUAAGUACUCCAUCCACAACGUGAAGGACAUCCAGAAUGCCUCUUUCAAGCUCAACUCGCUGCAGUUGCACACGCUGCUGUCAAACUAUCUCUAUGCAACCAAUGAGCCUAAAAUACCUCAUGAUGUGAUCACUGCCGUAGUGACAGCUGCGGAAGCGUCAGCGGACAACCUGAUUCGGGGCGAAGGACGGGACAUUCAGCUGGAGGAAAGCCUCGACCUGCACCUGCCCUUCCUGCUGCCAGAGGGAGGGUACUCCUGUGACACCGUCAGAGGCGUCCCUCCAGGGUUCACAGACUUUCUGGAGCCAAUCUGCCAGAAAGGUCUUUGCUCUUUAACUUGCCAACCUAACAAAGGUGACUGGACUGUGUACUUCAGUGAACAAUGUGCGGAGAGGACACGCUUGGCAGCACAUAGUGAGCCAGAGAUUGUGACCUUCACACUAAACAAGCCUCUGAACAGUGGGAUGGGGCUCAGCAUCGUGGCUGCCAAGGGCGCAGGGCAGGGUAACCUUGGUAUUUACAUCAAGUCUAUUGUCAAGGGAGGACCAGCCGAAAUGAAUGGCAGGUUAACAGCUGGGGAUCAGCUGCUCUGUGUGGAUGGUCACAGCCUGAUUGGCCUCAGCCAAGAACGGGCAGCAGCUAUUAUGAUGCAAACCGGCCCCGUAGUGACGUUACAGGUAGCAAAGUUUGGAGCGAGCCACCACGGCCUGGAGGCCCUGCUGAGAGAACCGAGCCCAGUAGGGCCUGCAGGAGACAGACGCAGCGCUGCACCGAAUUAUAAAGCGCUCGUGUCGUGCAGCGUGAUGGAUCCUGGUCCCUGUGAAGGGCUCCAUAAGAACAGCAAGAAGAAAAAGGAUCAGAUGAUGCAGAGAAACCGGCAGCUUUAUCGUUCAGACCCCAACAUCACCAGUAUGCUGGACACACACGCAGACGUUAGCGAGGCGGAUGGAGAUGAACCUGCUCUCCCUGUUGUGAGAGGCAAUAAUGUCGCUGCCGCUUCCAGCAUCAACCUUUGUGCUGAUACAUUUCACAGGGAAUAUAUGACCCUACCGACACCGAAAUCCCAGGACAAGAACAUACCUGGACGGAGUCGACCCCAGCAUGCAUUUAUAUCGCCUUUAAGGCCUGUAGAUGGCCAGAGCAGCAAAAAGACAGCCAUUAUACGUCAGGCGAUGUCUCAGGAAAACUUGUGUAUGGACAGUGGAGGCCCCCUGCUGGACAGAAAGCAGAACACCGGGGAGAAACAGGACUGGAGUGCAAAGCAAACCAUGACCCACUACACAUCUUUUCCAAUUCGGUCUAGUGUCUCCAGCCAUGACAUCCUCAUGGAUGGCACUUCUCCUAAAAAACAGCAGCAAGGGCCACAAACCAGAGGUGCAGGCAUCUGGAGGACCCCCUUUUCACACCACCCGACACCUUCCAUGCAGCCAGUGCGCAUAGACAUGCCUGUAACCAGAGCAGUAAAGACGCAGCUAAACCCGCCCUUGUCCACUUUCCAGGGCUCAUCUAUGGUGGCGGUGAAGAAGGGCCAAUCUCAGGUUCAUCAAAGCCAAGAUAAUCUUUAUGCUUGUCCCAUUUCUGCAAUUAUAAAGCUACCUCAGCCUUUACUUCCAUCUCAGCAGCAAAGAGGCAGCCCGCUCAGGGGUCAAGUAAUCAAACCCCAAAUAAGCCUCAGUCCUGUUAAACACGUGUCCUUUCAAGAACCUCCCAUUCAGCAGAAGAUCUCAAGUCUGGCGAAGCAAAAAGAGCCGCGGCAGCUGUGUGACCCACGGAGAGGGGAGGCUCUGGAGAACCUGGACGAGCAGAGAGAGGUUCAGGCCAAGGCAAAGGCCCCAGUGGAAGAGAAGCAGCGCCUCCACCGACUCAGCCUGGAGUGGCAGUUUGAGAAGAGGCUGCGAGAACUUCAGCAGAGAGGAGAGGACGGGGAGGAAGACGAGGAUUUGGACUUGAUGAUGAGAGUGCUGCAGCUGGAUAGAAGAGUGCAGAACAAGAGGAGCUCUGAAGCAAAUGUCCACUGUGAACUGAAAGAGCUGUCAAAGCAGGUAAUUCACCUGUCCCAGACAGAAGAAUCAACAGAGAGAGAUCAAAGAUCCAAUGGUCUUAUGGGUGAUGUUCAGAAAAUGGCAUCAAACGAACUCCUAGAGGAGCGAAUCAGACGAGCACCAGCUCCUGAGACGCUCACAUUCAGGGAGCGCCAGCGUCUCUUUUCCCUGGCGUCCAGUGCAUAAAUGAAGUUUAAAAUCAAGUAAACGAAGAAUCUCGCGAAGAAAAGUAAU